UUUUUUUUUUUGUUUUUUUUUUUCUUCCUGUGGCGUCGUAAAGAGAAAGAAGGCCGUCCGCUUAAUUCCAGCAGAGAUGACUCUGCGGCGAUUCUGCGAGUCCUUAGCGAGCCGGUUGUAGUGGAAAGACGCAGCGAACGGACUACUGCCACCGCGCUAGGGGCAGCUCCGCGCGUUCCACCCUGGGAGUUGUAGUCUCCUGCCUCUCAGAUCUAACGGUAACCUUUGAGCGCGAACUCUGUCAAUCAGAAGCUCUCGCACGGCCUGCUGCCGAAGCUGGAAUUCCUUGGGUAAUCGUUUUCGCCCACAAUUAGCGGGACCUGUUGGCUUGGACUGCAAGGCAUAGCGGGGCUGCACGAGGUUAGUUGCUAAGCAAGGAGAGUUUCGGUCAACUGCCACCUGGACUAAGGUGACAGGAAAUUCGUUGCUACUUCGAGGCCCCUGCCAUGCCUCACAUCGACAACAGCAUCAAACUGGACUUCAAGGAUGUCUUGUUGAGGCCCAAACGCAGUACCCUUAAGUCUAAAAGUGAGGUGGAUCUCACAGUAUCUUUUUCAUUUUGCAACUCAAAGCAGAUGUACACUGGGAUCCCUAUCAUUGCUGCCAAUAUGGAUACUGUGGGUACCUUUGAAAUGGCCAAGGUUCUCUGUAAGUUCUCCCUCUUCACUGCUGUCCAUAAACACUACAGCCUCGAGCAGUGGAAAGAGUUUGCUAGCCAGAAUCCUGACUGUCUAAAGCAUCUGGCUGCCAGCUCAGGCACAGGCCCUUCUGACUUGGAGCAGCUGGAGCAAAUCCUGGAAGCUGUUCCCCAGGUGAAAUAUAUAUGCCUGGAUGUGGCAAAUGGCUACUCUGAACACUUCGUUGAUUUUGUAAAGGAUGUGCGGAAGUCCUUCCCUGAACACACCAUUAUGGCGGGAAAUGUGGUAACAGGAGAGAUGGUGGAAGAACUGAUCCUCUCUGGGGCUGACAUCAUCAAAGUAGGAAUUGGACCAGGCUCUGUGUGUACCACCCGGGAGAAAACUGGAGUGGGGUACCCACAGCUCAGUGCAGUGAUGGAGUGUGCAGAUGCUGCUCAUGGCCUCAAAGGCCACAUCAUCUCAGAUGGAGGCUGCAGCUGUCCUGGUGAUGUGGCCAUGGCAUUUGGGGCAGGGGCUGACUUCGUUAUGCUGGGUGGCAUGCUGGCGGGGCACAGUGAGUCAGAUGGUGACCUCAUCGAGAGGGAUGGCAAGAAGUACAAGCUCUUCUAUGGAAUGAGUUCUGAAACAGCCAUGAAGAAGUAUGCUGGGGGCAUUGCUGAGUACAGGGCCUCAGAGGGAAAGACGGUGGAGAUGCCCUUUAAAGGGGAUGUGGAACAUACCAUCCGAGACAUCCUUGGAGGCAUCCGUUCCACAUGUACGUAUGUAGGAGCAGCUACGCUAAAGGAGCUGAGCCGGAGAACCACCUUUGUCUGUGUCACCUAGCAAGUGAAUCCAGUCUUCGGAGACGUGAGCUAGGCCUCAGCAGUUCUGCCCUCCCAAGGCAACAGCACCUCAUCACAGGGCCUCCCAAGACGGCCCCUCAUUCAUCCCAGCUACUAUGACUACUACUUGGUAAUCUCACCUCUGAGAGUUCAUGCAGUAAUGCUGUACUUCUGUCUGCAUCCGCAAAAUGCCCAGCACGCUCACUGGGGAGGAAGCAAGGAAGGCAGGCUGAGAAAACAAAGUUGAGAUAAUCAAAUGGGAACUGGGGGACCCAGCUCCUGAAGAUUAUUGAAAGAAGAAGAUACUGAUUCAUAUGCAAGUGAUUUAUGUAUAGCCACGGUCUUGUAAGCUUUUAGAAUCAUGUUUUGCUAAUCAGGUUCAUUAAAUAGGAUCUUUGAAUAUUUAAAAAGCUCAGAAGUGUUUACAUAAAUUUAAGUAUCUCUAUAAAGAGAGAUCCCAAUGACUGUAAAGAGAUUCCGGGGUUUUCUGCACAAGCCUGGCAUCUGGGUGGUGCUCCAGGGCAAGUAGAAGUGGAGGUGGCACUGACCCAGUGGAGGUGAUGACAGUGAGUACUUUUCCCUUGAAGUAACUCCAUUCGAGUGCCAUGUGCUGCCCCCCUGCCCCCCGCCCCGGGACCUGGCAACAUGAGGAUUUACAGAGUGUAUACUCUGGCAUCAAGACAGAUAUUUUCAGAAUAGCGAAAGGAGAUUUCUCAUCCAGGUUCUCAGCCCCGGAAAUCUUUCUGACACUUCUCAACAAUGCUUUCCAAGGGAAGUAAAGGGCAAAGGAAUUCUUUUAGACCUGGAGAGUCCACUUCUGUUUCUAAGGGAUGAUCUACACUGACCUUACAGAAGUCUUAAUUCCCCCUCCUUCAUACCAACACAGUGUUUUAACAAAUCCAGAGUUUAAUUCCCAAGCAUUACAGAGUGAUUUGGGCAAUGUAGUCAGGCAAUCCAAACUUGGGCUUCCACUUUAUUUCCACUAAACUGCCUGUAGAGGUGAGGAGGAAGACAGGCAGGUUACAGAUGGCAUUCCAGGCCUAUUAGAGGAGUCUUGUAUGGUUAUGGGAAGGGACAGACACAGCACUGGGGCUAGAAGCGGGGAAGUAUUCACAGAAGGUGGGGAUUAGGGUGUGAAACUUUGUCUUCUCAUAGUUUUCCAGAGACUCCUGCAGAGAAGAGAGCAAGGAGAUCCUAUCAUCAUCUAGAACAGUGCCUGAGCCCUCCAUAUUCUGGAGCACAGGGAUUUCUGCCUUGUUCUGCCCCAACCCCUUCCUUCCUCAGCUUUCUGUUCCUUCCUACUCACCAUUCCUUCCCUCUGGCCAUUUUCUUCCUCGUCAGAGUCCAAAACCAAGUCCCCUAUGGUAAUGACAGGGCUGCACAUAGAUGGAGGACACACUGCAGGACGGAAACCAGAGUCAGAGUACUCUUCUAGGUGAACACAGGCCCUUAAGAAUCCUCAAACCCUGAUGGGUGUAGCUUAGUUGGUUGGGUGUCCUCCCGCAGAGUGAAAGGUUGCUGGUUCAAUUCCCAGUCAGGGCACAUGUCUGAGCUGCAGAUUCAGUCUCCACAAGGGGACUGUGUGAGAGAGACCUGAUCAAUGUUUCUCACACCAAUGUUUCUCUCCCUCUCUCCCUCCCUUUUCAUUCUCUCUUAAAAGAAGUCCUCAAGCCCUGGCUGGUAUAGCUCAGUGGAUUGAGCACAGGCCUGCGAAACAAAAGGUCGAGGAUCGAUUCCCCGUCAGGGCACAUGCCUGGGUUGCAAGCCAGUUCCCAGCAGGGGCCAGUUCCCAGCACGGGAUGCACCAGAAGCAACCAUACAUUGAUAUUUCUCUCCUUCCCUUCUAAAGAUAAAUAAAUAAAAAAAUUUAAAAAAGACUAGAAAUGUAAAAGAAGUUAAAAAAAAAAGUCCUCAAGAGGCUGUCUGAUCCAGUCCUGACUCAUUAUACCUACCUGGCUUCCUGGCCCUAGGAGAUGAAAGUGACAGUGUCGGGGGCUCCAGGGGGCAAUCCCAGCAAUUCCUGGGGUGGUAGCAAGCAAAGAAGAUUCAGUGAAGGGAAAGCAAGUAGGGCAUGGGCUGCUAAUA